CUCCCAGAGGGGGGACCUGGGCCGUCGGGGGCUCCCCGAGUGCGGCGCGGCCCCGGCCACCUGACCCUCCCUGGCCAGAUGGUGCCUUUGAAAUGGGGCGAUCGGGCCUGUAAUUUGGGCGGCCCGGCGCAGAAGGUGUUUGUUUAAAAAGAAAAAAAAAAAGAAUGCCCCUGCGCUUAUCGUUUUGUGUUCUGCGGUCUGAAGGGAAAGUUUUUGGUGUGGAGGGAGAGGCUGCGUUCCCGCUUGGGCGUCAGGCUGGCCUUCCCUGCACCUAGGAUCUUAACGACUCCGAAAUAACUCCACGUAGCACUUAAGCUACCUUCGGUCGUGGUGUCGGUUAAGCGACUGCUUUUGUCCGCGGCUUUGCAGAGCCCAAGUUGGGCUGGCGACGAGUGAAGAUUAGGAACCUCGAGCUGUUUUGAUGAUCACUUGUCUUAAAGAAGUAGGUGUCGGGCCCCUGUGUGUCCAAAUGGCCAGUGAGCGUGCAGAUCAUGGCCCCUAAAACUUUGAGAAGUCACAUCUUAUUAAGAAUUAAGAAUGGACACUUCCCGAGAUAAGACAAGCAUCGAAUUGUAAGAGUUUGCUUUCCAAAGCUCGAGGAAUUGAUUCCAGCUCUGUUAAACUCCGGGGCUCUCUUUUCAUGGACACAGAAAAAUCAGGAAAAAGAGAGUAUGACAUACGACAGACUCCUCAAGUGAAUAUCAAUCCUUUUACCCCGGAUUCUGUGUUGCUUCAUUCUUCAGGACAGUGUCGAGGAAGAAAGAGAGCGUAUUGGAAUGAUUCCUGUGAAGACAUGGAAGUCAGUGAUUAUGAAUUUGAAGAUGAGACAAGACCUGCUAAAAGAAUUACAAUUACUGAAAGUAAUAUGAAGUCACGGUAUACAACAGAAUUUCAUGAAUUGGAGAAAAUUGGAUCUGGAGAAUUUGGUUCUGUAUUUAAGUGUGUGAAGAGGCUGGAUGGAUGCAUUUAUGCCAUUAAGCGAUCAAAAAAGCCAUUGGCUGGUUCUGUUGAUGAGCAGAACGCUUUGAGAGAAGUAUACGCUCAUGCAGUGCUUGGACAGCAUUCUCAUGUGGUUCGGUAUUUCUCUGCUUGGGCAGAAGAUGAUCAUAUGCUUAUACAGAAUGAGUAUUGUAAUGGUGGAAGUUUAGCUGAUGCUAUAAGUGAAAACUACAGAAUCAUGAGUUAUUUUAAAGAAGUAGAAUUGAAGGAUCUCCUUCUGCAAGUUGGCUGGGGUUUAAGAUACAUUCAUUCAAUGUCUUUGGUUCACAUGGAUAUAAAACCUAGUAAUAUUUUCAUAUCUCGAACUUCAAUCCCGAAUGCUGCCUCUGAAGAAGGAGAUGAGGAUGACUGGGUAUCCAACAGAGUUGUGUUUAAAAUAGGUGAUCUUGGGCAUGUAACAAGAAUCUCUAGUCCACAAGUUGAAGAAGGCGAUAGUCGUUUUCUUGCAAAUGAAGUUUUACAGGAGAAUUAUACCCAUCUGCCGAAAGCGGAUAUAUUUGCCCUUGCCCUCACAGUGGUUUGUGCUGCUGGUGCUGAACCUCUUCCCAGAAACGGAGACCAAUGGCAUGAAAUCAGACAGGGUAGAUUACCUCGGAUUCCACAGGUGCUUUCCCAGGAAUUUACAGAGUUGCUAAAAGUUAUGAUUCAUCCAGAUCCAGAGAGGAGACCUUCAGCAAAGGCACUAGUAAAGCAUUCAGUAUUGUUGUCUGCAUCUAGAAAGAGUGCAGAACAAUUACGAAUAGAAUUGAAUGCUGAAAAGUUCAAAAAUUCACUUUUGCAGAAAGAACUCAAGAAAGCUCAGAUGGCAAAAGCUGCAGCUGAGGAAAGAGUACUCUUCACUGACAGGAUGGCCACUAGAUCCACCACCCAGAGUAAUAGAACCUCUCGACUUAUUGGAAAGAAAAUGAACCGCUCUGUCAGCCUUACUAUAUACUGAACUACUCAUUUCCCACAUACCCCAAAAAACUGUGACAAGAGGAAGCUAGGUUGGAAUCACUGCUAGAAUCUACUUUGCAAUUAAUUUCUUGAUUGGUCUCAGUAGUUUUACUGAAGCACCUUUUAGGAUUUUUAUUUGUGAACUACAGUUGAAAGCUGUAUUUUGACCAUUGCUAUAUCAGGCUUUGUCUAGUCUUAGCAGUCUGUCUCCUGUAGGAUGUCAGUCACUAUUGGACGUUACACCAAGCCUUUGCAGGGUUAACCACUGUGGUGGUGUGCUGCUUUCAGUUUGUUUGUUGUUGCAUUGUAAUAAGAGGUGUCUUUCCUUGUAGUGACCUAUAUAAAGGACUCAAGGGCUUUUUUACAAACAAAUUUUCCCUUCAAAAAAGGGAAAUGCUAAAAUCAAUACUACUUAGCCUCUGGUGUACCUGUGUGUCAAUCCUAUACUUCUUUUUAAAUUUUUUAAAAAUUGUGAAUUGUACUUGUAUAUCCAACUGGGAGCACUUUGUAGGCAUUGCAUGAACCAUAGGAUGAUAAUUCUGUGGAAGUAUUGCCUUGUGAAUUUGCUGCUAUUUUAGUUUUGUCUUUGCUGUAAAAUUGUAGCAUUAAACAAUCAUCAUUGUUAAUAGGCUAUUUUUUGAAACAAUUAUGUGAAAUACAUAGCUGCUCUUGAUGAAAAGCAGCUAUUUGCCUUUUUUUCCUCUUUGAACUCUUUGAAGCUAGUGUAUUGAAAAAUGCACCUCUUCCCCCCUUUGGAAUGCUGUAUUAAUGUAGUAUAAUUAUUACUGGUUUUGUAAUUUUCUGAUAAUGUCCUUCUUUGACUUUUUUUUAAAAUGUCUCCUUCUUCCCAAGUUUUCUACUUGACUGUAUGGUUAGUUUGGUUAGUCUGUUUUUAAAUGUUUUGCCUGAUUUCUUUUCAUUAUUUUUGUAUGUAAACUGAUCUUGGUAAUACUGUACAUAGCUCUUUGAAAUGCCAGAAUGACUUCUGACUUUUCCAGGUUUUUCAAAAUAUAUUUUAUCUGUUAUUAGCCAUUUGACUGGUAAUACUGGCUAAUAUAUUUUGCAAAAGAAUUGUGCCUUUUUUGUUUUCUCAGUUUUGGCCUAAAACGUGUUUGCACUUGUCUG